AUUUUGAACAAUGCUCUUGUUCUAGCCGUAUCCUAUGCCGUGCGAUGUGGGAUCCCGAAGGCAUGGGCAAUCCAGAACAGCACUUGCAAUGCUAAUCGAAGAACAAACAUUGCACGGCGGUCCGUCCAUCGCAAUCAAUACCAGGAAAAGAACGACAAAGUCUGCUUGUUCUUCGUGUGCAUACGAUCCUGCCUGCUGCUAUUGCAUCUGCAAGUCAUCCAUUUCUGGCUUGCCGUCAAGAUGAAUGACUUCGAGACUCGAGGAUUCGGUGGCCGCCCAUUGCUCCGUCCGCACAUGUACGACUGUCGCUCAGGCGUCGGGCCCGCGUUCCUCAGCUACAUGAGGAUCUUCGUAGAUAGCCCUUCCUGGCAGAACUUCGUCGAGAUCCGUCUCAAAUACGGGCUUCUGCAGAGCACCACUAUCUCCUCAGACAUCAGUCGAACUUGGUCUUCGUUGACCAUGGGGCGCCGACCGCCGUUGGGUCUGGGUGGCCUGAAGAGGCUUAAGGCGAUAGCCCAAGUGAGCUUGGCUGUGCGCCACCAAGCCCGUCCGUUCACGCUGCUCAAGACGGCCGACUUUCAGCAGCGAGAUAUGGACCAACGUACU